AUGACAGUAGUGCCGAAUGGGGGUCCUGCUUUAAUUAGUAGACAAUUCAAAGUCUUUUGUGCAGAAACUGGAACGAAACACAUUUUAGCGCCGCUAUAUCAUCCUAGUUCAAAUAAACAAGAGGAGAAGGUGGUAGCGGUAAUCAAGAACUGGCUGAGAAAGUCAAAGGAUGGGAGCGGAAAGAUGUGGAUAUCAGUGGCGUAUUAUAACAACAAAAGAAAAGGGGAGGAGCCGUCGCCGAGGGAGAAGUUUUUAGGACGAAGAACUCGAAUUUGGUUGGGUUCAUUGACCGGCAAAUCAGGAAGAAAAACGGUUCGAGAUAGAGAAUGA